UAUGAUAUACCUGUCUGCUUAACGAUCUCUUCUCUAUCCCUCUCCCUUUCUCAUUCUAUUUUCUGUGUGUUAUUUUAUUUUAUAUCAUUACAAACAGAGGAUUAAAACCAAGCCCAACCUUGAUAGAUUUAAUUUCUGAGUUUAAUUUUUCUUUCAAUUUAACUUUGUAAUUUCUUCGCCACUCUCUCCUUACUCCUACAUCUAUCUAUUAUUUUCUUUUUCGAAGGCUUUGUUGGAUUUCGUUUCUUUCAUUUUCUCUUUAAAAAAUCCGCUACUGUAUCUUUAGAAAAUACCACUCACAGAAAUCUUCAAAUUUUUCUGUUUCGAACAUCAAGUUUUCUAACUUCUGCUGCUGCUUUCAGAAAAAGAGAAACUAUUGUAAAAUGAACAAAUGAAGCUGUGUCAUAAUCGAUUUAUAAAUUAUUGAGAUUCAUCCACAUCUAUUAUUAUUAUCAUUAAUAUUAUAACGCCGUUAUUAUUGCGUUAAGAAUGAUUUGUUUAUUAUGUGAAAAAAAAAAAAAAAAAGACAAUGAAGUUAAAAGCAACAAAGUAUAAUUAAAAAUAAAAAUCUUCACGCACUUUUCAAGGCAGCAGUAUCACUUCCUACUCUUGCAGACCCAGCUUCUUAACUUCCUUAUUUUUUCCCUUUGUUAUCUAUUUAUUUAUUUAUUUAUUUAUUUAUUUUCAUUUAUUUAUUUAUUUAUUUAUUUCGCUUUUGAAAUUUUAUUUUUGUUCUUUGGGCAAAACUUACGACUAGAGGCGCCACCGGACUAAUAUUGCUUUAUACAUAUCUAUCUAUAUCUAUAUAUCUAUAUAUCUAUAUGUAUAUGGACACACGUUAUCAAUGGAGUCCUUUUUAUUGGUAUUUAUUAUUCUAAUCUCCGCAACAGCUACAAUCUAUGCCAGCUUUUUGAUUCCUUGCCAAACAGAAAAUGCAUUUACCUGCGAUGAAACCAGUAAAGAAUGUAUAUCAGCUGAGCAAAAGUGCAAUGGUAUCAGCGAAUGCAGCAAUGGAUUUGAUGAAAGUGUUAAGACGUGUGGCUGUCUGCCACACGAAUUCCAGUGCAAUGAAACAAACUGUGUUGAUUUGGUGAAAAGAUGCGAUACAGUGCAAGAUUGUGAUGCAGGGGAAGAUGAAGUUAACUGCGAAUCUUAUGUUUGCCCGGUACAUCGUACAAAAUGCAAGAACUACCUAUGUGUACCAAGCACAGCCAUGUGCAACUUCAUUGAUGACUGCGGAGAUAACUCGGACGAGGAAAACUGCAAGUACCGGUCUUGUUAUCUUGCCGAAUUUCGUUGCAAUAAUUCCGAGUGUAUUCCUGAAUCCCUCUUAUGUGAUGGCAUACAAGACUGUGUCGAUGGCAGUGAUGAAACAGAAUGUGAAAGCCAUUUUCAGUGCAGUAACGGCCUCUAUAUUCACAAAGACAAAGUUUGCGACUUCCACAGAGAUUGUUUAAUAGACCACGAUGAUGAAACUAACUGUGGAAAGUGUCCAGAAAGGAAAUACCAAUGCCAGAGUGGCGAAUGUAUAGAUAUAUCAAACCAGUGUGAUGGAAUAUGUGAUUGUGCCCAUACAUGCGAUGACGAAAACAACUGUGGGUCAAUGUGGUGCCAAGCAGGAGAACAAUUUAUGUGCCCAAAAAACUAUCGAUGUAUUAAAAAAGAAUUUCUAUGUGACGGUUUCAACGAUUGUAAAAACACGUGGAGAGGCACGGAUGAAUCCUUUUGUGUAAACUCUAGCAAAAGCUGUAAUAUCUUCAAAUCCAAUUUCAUGUGUCAGGAAGGCCGAUGUUUGCCAUCAUUACUUCAAUGCAACACAUUUAUAGAUUGCCUAAACGGCGAAGAUGAAUCCAAUUGCAAUCUUACAUUAAUACCUUCCAAGUAUUAA